UAUUUUAAAAGCAUAUUCCAUUGAUUUGUAAUGUAUAAGGCUGAUUGUUCUAACAAUAUGACAAUGCAAAAGACAAGUUUUGAAAUUAAGAAUUUUAUAUGUAGUUUAAAGAAACUAUUGCCAUUAGCUAAUUCUCAUAUGGUGCAUUUUAUCACACAAAACUUGUUUGAACGCCUUAUACCAAAACACCUGCAAGAAGAAAUAAUGUCUUUAAGCAUUAAUGAGACUAAUGAUCUUGUGUUAGGUAGUUUUUCUAAAAUUAACCCUCAAAAUGAACGAGCACCACAACUAUGUGAUUUUCUUAUUCAAACUCACAAGCUAUCAUUAAGUGAAAGUGAUCUGUGUCUUUCUUUUGAAAGUUUAUGCACUUAUUUGGGAUCAAGAGGUUUUGGUGAAUGCAGUUCUUGUAUAAUUAAAAAUCUAAUGUCUGUAAAAAAAAGCCAUGAAGUAGAAAUGAUGAGUGGCAUUAUUGAUGCGUUAGCUAGGACUGAAAAAUGUACUCAUGUAGUUGAUAUUGGUGGUGGUAAAGGAUAUCUGAGUUCUGUCCUCGCUUUAAAACACCAUUUAAAAGUAUUAAGCAUUGAUUCUUCAUUUAUUACAUCCAAAAGUGCUAUAAAACAAAUUCCUAAAGUUGAGAAAUUGUGGACAAGUCUUCAUAAAAAAGCGUCUAAAAUUGAAAAUACCACUAAUGGUUCAAUUAACACCCAAAGUUCAAAUGAGGAGCCCCAGCAGAAGUCUGCAGACCUGUGUAAGGUAGCAACAAUGUAUAUAACAGAAGAAACAAACGUCGUGAAAUUAAUUGAGGACGAGUUCCAAGAAGAGGUUGGUGGUAUCGCCUUGGUCGGACUCCAUACUUGCGGUAACCUAGCGGCUUCAUCACUUAGGAUGUUCGCCAAUAAUCCUGUACACAUGAAGUGUCUGGUGAAUGUAGGAUGUUGCUACCACCUGAUUGUAGAAGAGUUUGAUACCAACCCUCCCUGGCUCGAGGUCCAAUCUGCAGCAAGUGGAAUAGGUUUUCCCAUGAGUACUUAUCUGAGAGAUGAGGGCUUUGUCUUGGGCCGCAACGCUAGAAUGUUGGCUGCUCAACCACCGGACAGGAUCUCACACGAGGGAACGUUACAGACAGAAGCUUUGUUUUACCGAGCUCUUCUUGAAGUAUAUCUAGAGAAGAAGUUGUGCCCUCCAAACGGUCUACCUCACUUUAGAGUUGGAAAGAUAGCAAAAAAAUGUUCGAGUUUUCAGGAAUAUGUCACUAAAAGUGUUCAACGAUUGGGACUCAACAUCCAAGUGGAUGAUGGUGAACUUCAGGAGCUGUACGAUAGCCACUCUGAGAAUAGGAAGCAGUUACAUGUUUUCUUCCUGUUGCGACUGUGUGUGGCUCCGGCUAUUGAAGCUGCCAUCAUGCUGGACAGGCUACUUUACCUGAGAGAGCAGGGUAUACAAGAUGCCUAUUUGACUCAGUUGUUUGAUCCGGUUGUCUCCCCUCGCUGUUAUGCCAUCGUCGCUUUUAACAAAAUAUCAAGUACUGCCAGUCAAACAGUACAGUGAUAAAUUUCACUUGAUUUUGUUGCUUACCACAAAUUUUGGAUUGUAAAUAACAGUUUUUCCUCAAGAUUGAACUUCUUAAGUUAAACUUUAAUGUGAGCAUUAAAAUGCAGGUUUGUUUAAAUAUUAAAAAGAAUUAAAAUAUAUAUUUUAUUUAUAUACAUGA